GACCGGAAGUGCUGGAUGUUUGACUGCCGAACCUAAACAAGACUUUUAGUCAUAUUACUCACUACUCGCUCCUGAUUUUAAAAUACCUCCACGCCUGGACAAGGCUGACUCGAAAGCACAGCUAUGUGCAGCUGUGUGCGGAGCUCCAGGGCUCUGUCCCCUGUCCUGAUCCCCAGGCUCCUGCUGCCCCAGUCCGGGUACAGGGCGGCCGGCAGGGGCCUCUGGACCUCCACCCAGUGUCUGGCAACCAACGGAGACUCCCAGCUGCUCCCACUGCCCAGCCAGGCCCGGGUGGUGAUCUGUGGAGGAGGUGUCGUGGGAACAUCAGUGGCUUAUCACCUGGCCAAGCUGGGAUGGCAGGACAUUGUGCUGCUGGAGCAGGGCAGACUUGGUGCAGGAACAACCAGAUUGUGUGCCGGUAUCGUCAGUGUGGCCAAGCCUAUCUCCAUCGAGUGUCGAAUGGCCAACUAUUCCAGUAGUCUAUAUCAGCAGCUGGAGGAAGAGACUGGGGUCAAAACAGGUUAUGUGAAGACAGGAUCUUUGUGCCUGGCACAAAAUCAGGAUCGAUUUAUCUCGCUCAAGCGCCUGGCGUCAAGACUCAAGGUGAUGGGGAUCAGCUGUAACAUCAUCAAACCAAAGGAGGUGGCCAAGCUACACCCGCUUGUUAACAUCCAUGACCUGGUGGGGGCGCUCCACCUUCCUGCAGACGCUGUUGUGUCUCCACCGGAUGUGAACCACGCCCUCGCUGUGGCUGCUGCCGGUCAAGGGGUGCAGAUCCUGGAGCGGACCACGGUUCAGCAGGUUCUAGUUGAGAAGGGUCAGGUCAUGUCUGUUCAGACCGACCGUGGCUCAAUCGAGUGUGAAUAUUUCGUCAACUGUGCCGGACAGUGGGCUUAUGAGUUGGGCCAAGCCAGUGAGAUGAAGGUGUCUGUUCCUCUUCAUGGCUGUGAGCACUUCUACCUGCUGACUAAACCCCUGCCGGAGGCACUGCCCCCCAACACCCCAGUGGUGAUGGAUAUGGACGGCAGGAUAUACGCUCGGCAGUGGCAGGGAGGCCUUCUGUCCGGAGGCUUUGAGAAGAACCCCAAACCCAUCUUCACCGAGGGCCGCAACCAGCUGGAGAUCCAGAACAUGCAGGAAGACUGGGAUCACUUUGAGCCGAUUCUUAGUGCCUUGCUGAGGAGGAUGCCGAAUCUGGAGUCGGCGGAGAUCCUCCAGCUGGUCAACUGUCCGGAGUCCUUCACGCCGGACAUGCGCUGCCUGAUGGGGGAGAUUCCCGGUGUGUCCGGCUACUAUGUGCUGGCAGGGAUGAACUCUUCAGGUCUGGCCUUCGCUGGAGGAGCUGGCAAGUAUCUGGCGGAGUGGAUGACCUACGGCUACCCCACGGCCAACGUGUGGCCGCUGGACAUCAAACGCUUUGGAAACCUGCAGAGCAGCCGGACGUUCCUGCGACACAGAGUCAUGGAAGUCAUGCCCCUGCUGUACGAGCUGAAGGUUCCCCGGUGGGACUUCCAGACUGGCCGUCAGCUCAGAACCAGUCCUCUUUAUGACCGUCUGGACACACAGGGAGCUCGCUGGAUGGAAAAACACGGCUUUGAAAGGCCCAAAUACUUCGUUCCUCCAGGGAAAGAUCUGCUCUCCCUGGAUCAGAGUAAAACCUUCUACAAGCCGGACUGGUUCGACAUUGUUGGAGCAGAAGUGAAAUGCUGCAAAGAGGCCGUCUGUGUGAUCGACAUGUCUUCCUUCACCAAGUUUGAGCUGACUUCCACGGGGGACCAGGCUCUGGAGCUGCUGCAGCAUCUGUGUGCCAAUGACCUGGACGUUCCCGUCGGGCACAUCGUCCACACCGGCAUGCUGAACCAGAAGGGGGGCUACGAGAACGACUGCAGCGUGGUCCGCAUCAGCAAGAACAGUUUCUUCAUCAUCUCUCCAACAGACCAGCAGGUCCACUGUUGGUCCUGGAUUAAAAAGCACAUGCCCAAUGACCCACACCUCCACCUGGAGGACGUCAGCUGGAAGUACACAGCUUUAAAUCUGAUUGGACCACGUGCAAUGGAUGUUUUAGCCGAGCUGUCGUAUGUCUCCAUGACACCAGAGCACUUCCCCUCCAUGUUCUGUAAGGAGAUGAGUGUGGGCUACGCCAACGGGAUCAGGGUGAUGAGUAUGACUCACACCGGAGAACCAGGCUUCAUGCUCUACAUCCCCAUCGAGUACGCUCUCCAUGUGUACAACGAGGUGAUGUCGGUGGGCCAGAAGUACGGGAUUCGGAACGCCGGCUACUACGCUCUGCGCAGCCUGCGCAUCGAGAAGUUCUUCGCCUUCUGGGGCCAGGACCUCGACGCCUUCACCACGCCGCUGGAGUGUGGACGAGAGUUCAGAGUCAAGUUUGAUAAGGACACAGACUUCAUCGGCCGCGAGGCGCUGCUGCAGCAGCGUCACGACGGCGUGUUCCGGCGCUUCGUCAUGCUGGUCCUGGAUGACCACGACACCGAGCUGGACUUGUGGCCGUGGUGGGGCGAGCCCAUCUACUGCAACGGCCUCCUGUCCGGGACGACCACCAGCAGCGCCUACAGCUACACCCUGGAGCGCCACGUCUGCCUGGGCUUCGUCUCGCCGCCGCCGGGGCCCGAGGGGCUCCCCACGCCCAUCACCCCCGACUUCAUCAACCGCGGCGACUACGAGGUGGACAUCGCCGGCCAGCGCUACCCAGCCAAAGCCAAACUCUACCCCUUCAGCUCCCUCUUCACCCAGCAGAAACGCCGCAAGGAAGACAUCGAGCUCAGCAACCUUCAGGGGAAGUGAAUGAAAAAUCUCUGGCUCACCAAACCCACUCCUGCUCAGUUCUCAGCGCCGACGUCUGCUCCCCUCAUAGCUCCUAAUGACGGAGCCGUAUGCAAUAUCACUGUGUCUCCCUCCGACACUUCAUCUCCAUGCCGCAUCGCCCUCCUCUGAAGUGCAAUAUUUCUGAAGCGCCAAAAGCUCGAGCUGUAUCACAAACAGAGCUCCAGUCUCACUGAAUCCCGCAGUUGUCUUUCUCUCCACGCUCACAGUCUUACGGCUGCUUCACCGCCGCGGUCCGUGUUCAAGUGCCUUCACCAAGGCAACCUCAACACGAGCCGUCGGGGACGUUUUCACUACGUUCACUUUAAAACGCCCAGAAGGGAUUUCCAGGCUCUUGGAAUCUGGAUGGAAAUAAUAUUCAGUGCUGAUGUGCAAACAGCCGAUGUUGACUCAUUUCACGAAUCGUACAUUUACUGCUGUGACAAACGACGUGAUGUGACGUAAACAGUGACUGAGGUCUUGUGUGUUCUCCACCGCCGUCAGUCCCUCACAAGGGGAAGAGGCCUGGGGCAAUUAUUGGGAAAUUAUUGUUGUCUGUGCCGCUCCAUUUUCUCUCUUCCUGUCCUGCUUUUCCAGCCUUUCAAAAGCCCCAAACUUAAAGCUUUUGUCCCCUGAAUGUCUUUUACCUUCGGCUGUGAGCUGCUGUGUUAAUCUUGUGUGUGUGGAGCUCAUGGUGUGUUCUCGGUGAUACGGCCCCACCUGUUAUUUAUGUUUCGUACUUGUGUUUUAGCUUCGUUGCACUUUCAGUGCUCAGGUUUUAGUUCCAUUGGCGUUUUUGUUGAAUGUGCGGCCGACGUCAGGCGGAUCGUAGACGAGGGAAGCGAGGGCGACGGAGGAAAUCUGCAUCAGGGGCUGUAAUCCGGAGCUCCUCUGUCAGACCUCUCAAAUUGGAAAUUUGACAUCGGUCUGAUCCAGGGCUCAGAUGUUUGUUUGAAAGAAAGGACAUCACUACGAUUUGAAAUCAAAUAAUGUAUUUUUGUACAGUUAGUGUGUAUAAAAUUUCUAUUUUCAGUACUGCACUUUUUUUCUACAUAAGUUUGCAGUUUCAUACUGUCGAUGCAUCGUUACAAAGGUUUCCUCUGCAUGUAAGUUUUGUUUUUCAGCAUCACUAUUAAUAUCGUUAAAUACAUCUCUAUGUAGCUUAGUGCAAUCUUCUCUUUUGAGCCCCUCCCACUCAAAGAAAAUUCAGCAACAGUGGAAGAGAAAGGCAAAUAAGGUGAAGCCACAGUAAUCAAAACAAAUGUCACGUAUAAAAAGCACUUUGCUCUAUUUUAGGAUCAUAAUGAAGCGUGACAGGAUAUUUUCUAAUGAAAUGUUGGAUGUCAUAAUUUGUGUUUGAAUCUAAAAAAGCUCUGCUGCUGUGAUAUGUUUCAGUAGUUUUAAUGAAUCAAAGUUGAAAAACCUAAUGUUUUUCAUCACUUUAUCAUAUCAACUCAUUUCUUUCUACAUAUCCAUCUCAUAUUCUCAUAUCUUAAUAAACUUACCAACACAGCACUGAUGGAAAGAGCAGCUCAUGUCUUUAAAAACACAAAGCUGCAUCAAAUCUUUUGUUUCCAUUCUUUUAGAGUUCAGCCAAUAUCAUAGACUUGCUUCAUAUCAAUAAAAUAUUAAUAAUCUUUUUUUCUGAAAACGUCUCAUUCAUCAGAUUCUGAUUUUAGAUAGACUUAAAAAAACAGUCAUCAUAAAGGAAGCAUUCAACUCAUGGUUUCUCUUGGUAUUUAAAGGGCAAAUCAUGUUGUGACGGUAAAACGUGUUUACAUCCAGCAUGAUGAUCCAGAAUGUCGUUUGUUUCAGCCUCUGUGCUGCGAUGAGUCUGACCUCUGCUGUAGGACUUCAUCUGUGUUACAUUUGUACGAGAGUCUGACGCAUCAUAUCUGCUCUUCGUGUUGGUCUCACAUAUCCGACGCACACUGCUGAAUUAAUACAAGCUCUCAUGAUAAAGCAUGACGCUGUACAGCCUCAUGACAUGGAUCCCUUUCGCUGCUUUUUUUCUUCAGUUUUUGAUGAUGUAUGCACUUGUAUUGUAAAAAGGGAAGUGGCCACCAUCAUUUUGCACUAAACAUGGGCAGCCUGCUGACUUGUAAAACACUCCCAUGAAACCACAGGGUUGAGUCUUAAAGCUCAAAUCUACGCUGAACAUUUGAGGCGACCUGUUUUGCUCUGUCCACAUCGAGCUGUAAUCAGAAUGCACAACAGCUCCUCUUAAAAACAGGAACUCAAGUUGUCAUGAUUGAAUUCUUGUAUUCAAAGUUUUUUAGAUGUAAAACCAGAAGUCAUGAAUCUGUUCGUGCAAAACUAUUCAAGUUAACUGGAUUGCAUAUUAAUGCAUGUCUGACUUGUAUCAAUUUCAGCACUUCUCGUACUGAUGUAUAAACGCCGGUUUUGUCUUCAGAGCUUUACAUUGAUGUAUUUAUACCAUGUUGAACUGAUGUUUGGCUGUCUAAUAUACUUAAAAUUCAAACUAUAAAGCAACUUUCUUCAUAU